ACGACGGCGGGGAGGUGCUGUACGUCCAAGAUGGCGGCGCCCUGUAGGCUGGAGGAGCUGUGAGGUAAACAGCUGAGGGGGAGGAGACGGUGUUGACCAUGAAAGACACUAGGUUGACAGCACUGGAAACUGAAGUACCAAUUGUCCCCAGAACAGUCUGGUAGUGGCACCAGUGAAGAGCCUUCAAAGUUUUUAACACACAUCCUGGACCCAGCACAGCGCAUUCGUGUAAGAUAAUGGCCCAACAAGCAAAUAUUGGGGAGCUCCUCUCCAUGUUGGAUUCCCCCAUGCUGAGUGUGCGUGAUGAUGUAACAGCUGUCUUUAAAGAGAACCUCAGUUCUGACCGUGGUCCGAUGCUUGUGAACACCUUGGUGGAUUAUUACCUGGAAACCAAUUCUCAGCCUGUAUUGCACAUCCUGACUACCUUGCAGGAGCCACAUGAUAAGCACCUCUUGGACAAAAUGAAUGAAUACGUGGGCAAAGCCGCCUCUCGGUUAUCCACCCUCUCGUUACUGGGCCACGUUGUGAGGCUGCAGCCGUCUUGGAAGCAUAAGCUCUCUCAAGCACCUCUUUUGCCUUCUUUACUAAAAUGUCUCAAGGUGGACACCGACGCCAUUGUCCUCACAACAGGGGCCUUAGUGUUGGUAACCGUGCUACCGAUGAUUCCACAGUCGGGGAAGCAGCACCUUCGUGAUUUCUUUGAUAUUUUUGGCCGUCUUUCGUCAUGGUGCCUGAAGAAACCAGGCCACGUAAUGGAAAUCUAUCUCGUCCACCUCCACGCCAGCGUUUACGCUCUCUUCCAUCGCCUGUAUGGGAUGUACCCUUGCAACUUUGUCUCCUUCCUACGUUCUCACUACAGUAUGAAGGAGAACCUGGAGACUUUUGAAGAGGUGGUCAAGCCAAUGAUGGAGCAUGUGCGAAUUCACCCAGAAUUAGUGACUGGAUCCAAGGACCAUGAACUGGACCCUCGAAGGUGGAAGAGAUUAGAAACACAUGAUGUUGUCAUAGAAUGUGCCAAAAUCUCUCUGGACCCUACAGAAGCCUCAUAUGAAGAUGGCUAUUCUGUGUCUCACCAAAUCUCAGCCCGUUUUCCUCAUCGUUCAGCCGACGUCACCGCCACCUCUUAUGUUGACACACAGAAUAGCUAUGGUGGUGCUACUCCUACCCCUCACUCCACUCCUCGGCUGAUGUUGUUAAACACGCCAGGGCGGCUGCCUCAGACUCCGAGUUCCCUGUCGACACAGCUGUUAACUGAGCCGCCACAAGCUACUCUUUGGAGCCCAUCUGUGGUUUGUGGGAUGACCACUCCUCCAACUUCUCCUGGAAAUGUCCCACCUGAUUUGUCACACCCUUACAGUAAAGUCUUUGGUACAGCGGGUAGAAAAGGAACUCCUCUGGGAACCCCUGCAACCUCUCCUCCUCCAGCCCCACCCUGCCAUUCGGACGACUACGUGCACAUUUCACUCCCGCAGGCCAUGGCCACAGCCCCCAAGAAGGAAGAGAGAACAGAUUCUGCAAGGCCCUGUCUACACAGACAACACCAUCUUCCGAAUGACAGAGGAUUAGAAGAGCUGCCUGGGAGCAAAGGGUCUGUCACUCUCAGUGAUCUUCCAGGGUUUUUAGGUGACCUGGCUUCUGAAGAAGAUAGUAUUGAAAAAGAUAAAGAAGAAGCGGCAAUAUCUAAAGAACUCUCUGAGAUCACAACAGCCGACGCCGAGCCCCUAGCUCCUCGCGGAGGCUUUGACUCUCCCUUCUACCGGGACAGUCUCCCGGGCUGCCCGCGGAAGACCCACUCAGCCGUCUCCAGUGCCCAGGGCACCGGUGCGAACCCUGAGCCUCUGAACUCCACCCUGGACAGGCUGGGGCCUGACACCCCAAAGCAAGCCUUUACCCCCAUAGACCUGCCCUGCGGAGGCGCCGAGGAGAGCCCUGCCGGGGACAGAGAGCGCCAGGCCUCUCUGGAGAGCAGCAUCCUCACUCCCAGCCCUUUUAAAAUUCCACCUCAGAGGGGAGUGGGGUUUGGCGGUGGGCAACCUCCCCCAUACGAUCAUCUUUUUGAGGUGGCACUGCCAAAGACUGCCCGUCAUUUUGUCAGCAAGAAGACGGAGGGACUGCUAAAGAAAGCAAAAGGGAACACGGAGGAGGACUUCAUGCCCUCUGCCUCCCCCUUGGAAGUGCUGGACAGACUGAUACAGCAAGGGGCAGAUGCGCACAGCAAGGAGCUCAACAGGUUGUCUUUACCCAGCAAGUCUGUGGACUGGACCCACUUCGGAGGCUCCGCUCCCUCAGAUGAGACCCGCUCCCUCCGUAACCAGUUGCUUUUACUGCACAACCAGUUACUCUAUGAGCGUUUUAAGAGGCAGCAGCACGCGCUCCGGAACAGGCGGCUCCUGCGCAAGGUGACCAGGGCAGCUGCUCUGGAGGAGCACAACGCUGCCAUGAAAGACCAGUUGAAGUUACAAGAGAAAGACAUCCAGAUAUGGAAGGUUAGUCUGCAGAAAGAACAAGCCAGAUACAGUCAGCUUCAGGAGCAGCGAGACACGGUGGUCACCCAGCUCCACAGCCAGAUCAGACAGCUUCAGCACGACCGGGAGGAGUUCUACAACCAGAGCCAGGAGUUACAGACGAAGCUGGAGGACUGCAGGAACAUGAUUGCGGAGCUGCGCAUGGAGCUGAAGAAGGCCAACAGCAAGGUGUGCCACACGGAGCUGCUGCUCAGCCAGGUGUCUCAGAAGCUCUCAAACAGUGAGUCGGUCCAGCAGCAGAUGGAGUUCUUGAACAGGCAGCUGUUGGUUCUUGGGGAAGUCAACGAGCUGUAUCUGGAACAACUGCAGAACAAGCAUUCAGACACCACAAAGGAAGUAGAAAUGAUGAAAACUGCAUAUCGGAAAGAACUAGAAAAAAACAGAAGCCAUGUUCUCCAGCAGAAUCAGAGGCUGGAUACUGCUCAGAAGCGGAUUUUGGAACUGGAAUCCCAUCUAGCCAAGAAAGACCACCUUCUUUUGGAACAGAAAAAAUAUUUAGAGGAUGUCAAACUCCAGGCAAGAGGACAGCUGCAGGCCGCAGAGAGCAGGUAUGAAGCUCAGAAGAGGGUCACCCAGGUGUUUGAACUGGAGAUCUUAGAUUUACAUGGCAGGUUGGAGAAGGAUGGCCUCCUGAAGAAACUUGAAGAAGAAAAAACAGAAGCGGCCGAAGCAGCGGAAGAAAGGCUCGACUGUUGUCGUGACGGCUGCUCGGAUUCUGUGACAGGGCACAACAAUGAAGAGGCACCUGGCCCUAACGGGGAGGCCAAGGCCCCCAGGCCCGGCGGCGCCCGGGGCGGUAGCGGAAGUAGAGGAGGCGGAGGCGGCAGCAGCAGCAGCAGCAGCAGCGGCAGCAGUGAGCUUUCUACCCCGGAGAAACCCCCAAACCCGAGGGUGGGCCCAUGCAGCAGUCGGUGGGAGACUGCCGUGGGAGAGCCCACUACGGGCAUCCCUAUGACUGUCGGCUCACUUCCUAGUUCAAAAAGCUUCCUGGGCAUGAAGGCUCGAGAGCUAUUUCGUAAUAAGAGUGAGAGCCAGUGCGAUGAGGACAGCCUGACCAGCGGUAGCCUUUCUGAGACCCUAAAGACAGAGCUGGGCAAAGACUCGGGUGUGGAAGCCAAGCCACCCCUGAACCUAGACGGCCCGCAGCCACCUCCCCCAAAGCCAGACAGCGUGGGACAGCUCCGUAUCAUGGACUACAACGAGGCGCAGCACGAGCACAGCUAG